AUGUCGGCACUUCAAAGAUCACUAUCGCCCAUGCUGGUCCCGGGUUUAGCUCUUCUGACGGCCGCAUUCGCACAAAAAACAACCGGAAGCCUUCUUACCGCCCUUGCAAAACACAUUCCUAGACCCUCAGGACUGCAUCACUUCUUCUUGGGCAACAAUGGCAAGAUCCGGACAGCACUGGGCAUCGUGGUCGCACUCAGCCUAAUUCGCUGGGCAAAUAGAUUCCUCAAUGACAUGGCGCGCAAUUCCUGGCGCGCGAGUCCCCCCAGCGACUGGAUCUGUUCCAAGGAGAUUGCCGUCGUCACCGGUGGCUCUGGCGGAAUCGGGAGGACCGUUGUUGAGAAGCUUAUCAACAAGGGCCUUCGCGUCGCAGUGCUUGACUUGAAAGAUCCACCCGAGGCAUUCAAAGAACAAGCUCGUAUCUUGUUCUGUAAAUGCAAUGUAACGAAGCCAAACGAGGUGGCAGCUGUUGCGGAGGAAAUACGCACCAGCAUCGGACAUCCCACCAUCCUCAUCAACAACGCUGGGAUAUGUCGUCCUUGCCGUAUCCUAGAUGCUUCCGCAGAGAAACUGUACGAGAUAUUCUCUGUCAACUCUCUCGCCCACUGGCUUACUGUGCAGCAAUUCCUCCCCGACAUGAUCAAGAACAACAAGGGCCAUAUCCUCACCGUGGCCAGCGCAGCCUCCUUCCUCGCCUUACCCCGGUGCAGUGAUUACUCCGGUAGCAAGUCGGCCGCCCGGGCGUUCCAUGAUGUAUUAGGCAGCGAGCUUAAGCACUUUUACCAUGCGCCAAAUGUAAUCACUACUGCAGUCCACACUCAGUUCGUCAGAACACCCAUCAUCCAGGACAUCCAGAAGCGUCUCGACGAGGAGGGACAGAACAUUCUCGAAGCCGAUUUCGUAGGCGAGAAGAUUGUUGAGAGGCUAGUGAGCAAGAGGGGUGGUGUUUUAAUUCUUCCCGAGAGUCGGUCGUUUCUUUCUGGAGUUGCUGCUUGGCCGGCGUGGAUGCAAGAAAUAGUGCGGGACAAAUACGGGCGUGCCUCGGCCAAGAGGAACGAAUGA